UUCCUCCACCCCCCAUUAAUAUUAUCCCCUGAGCUAGGCUUUAGACUAUCCUCCCACCUUGUAAAAUGCCCAUUCAAUCUUCUGCAAUCACAACCAAAAAACCCUAAUUCCAUGAAUCAUAGUCUCUCAAGAUGACCGAACCGAACCCACUAGUCUCGCCAACCUCCUCCCGGUCCGUAACCGAAACGGUAAAUGGCUCGCACAAGUUCGUAAUCCAAGGGUACUCGCUAGCGAAAGGAAUGGGAGUAGGCAAACACAUCGCGAGCGAUAAUUUUACGGUGGGAGGGUAUCAAUGGGCGAUUUACUUUUACCCCGAUGGUAAAAAUCCGGAGGAUAGUUCAGCUCAUGUUUCGGUUUUUAUCGCGUUGGCUAGCGAAGGGACGGAUGUUAGGGCUUUGUUUGAAUUGACGCUUGUUGAUCAAAGUGGUAAAGGGAAACAUAAAGUUCAUAGUCAUUUUGAUCGGUCGCUUGAGAGUGGGCCUUAUACGCUCAAGUAUCGUGGCAGCAUGUGGGGAUACAAGCGAUUUUUCAGACGGGCAAUGCUUGAAACAUCGGAUUACCUUAAGGAUGAUUGCUUGAAAAUCAAUUGUACUGUUGGAGUAGUGGUUUCUGCAACAGAUUGUUCCCAGUUAAACUCAAUUCAGGUUCCAGAGUCUGAUAUAGGAGCUCAUUUUGGCAUGAUGCUCGAUAAUAUGGAAGGUUCAGAUGUUAUUUUUAAUGUGGCAGGGGAAAAAUUUCAUGCUCAUAAGUUGGUGCUGUCUGCCCGAUCUCCUUUUUUCCGAUCCAAGUUUUUUGAUGGCGUAGAGAAAGAUGAAAAAGAGAUUGUCAUUUCUGAUCUAGAACCAAAGGUUUUCAAGGCUAUGCUGCACUUUGUUUACCGAGAUACUCUCACUGAAGAUGUGAACAUGGUGACGUCCAGCUCAUCUCUUGUCUCCUCCAUAUCUGAAACAUUAACAACAAAGUUGUUAGCUGCGGCAGACAGGUAUGGUCUGGACAGACUCAAAUUGAUGUGUGGGUCUCAUCUCUGCAAGGAUAUAUCUGUGAACUCUGUUGCCAGCAUCCUUACCAUGGCUGACUGUCAUCAUGCAACAGAGUUAAAAGCUGUUUGCCUAAAAUUUGCUGCUGAAAACCUUGCAGCUGUAAUGGUGUCAGAUGGCUUUGCCAACCUCAAGGAGAACUGCCCGUUACUGCAAUCAGAGAUACUGAAGACAGUGGCAGGUUGUGAGGAGGAUUGCAGCAGUGGAGGUGGAAAGUCGCGGAGUGUAUGGGCCCAACUUUCAGAUGGUGGUGACACCAAUGACCGAAGGGUUAGACAAAGAACCUAGUAUGUGAACAUCCAGCUGAUCUUUGUAAAUGAGGGUGGUGACAGACAAAACGCAGGAUAGAAAAAGAACAAAAUGUGUAACAUAGAAGUAGGGCCUGCCAUGUUUUUUCAGUUCGAACUGGUGUUGCAUUGUGGGGGCGUGUUGUUUUGAGUAGGUAUGGAAUAUGCCUUGUGAAAUUCUCCAUUUCCCUUGUAACAAGCUAACAAACUGUGAGUUUCUCAGACGAAGAGAGAGUCUUCUUUACUUUAAA